GCGGUUGUGGUCGAUGUUGUUGUAGGCCUUUGUGGAACGCGCCCAUUAUAAAGAUUUUUGGCAAACGUCAAAUAGUUUUUAAAUGAUAUUGUCACUUGUGUCAAAAAAUAAAAAUAAUUCAGAUUCAGAUUCGUUCUAAAAAAUAUUUUACUAACAUCGUAAUUAAUUAUUAUUUUAUGAUGCAGUUUAGCUUAUAGGGAUAAAUAUUUAACUACGAAAAUGUAUUCUCGACUUCUCAAAAUACCCAAAGGUAUAACUGUAGUAAGAAACGUGCUGAACAUUGGUGAAGCUUCAAAGACCAUAACACCAUUUAGUAUUCGUUUACAAAAUUAUCAUAACGAUAACAAAAAAGAUAACUAUGAACGUUUUCGGAGAUAUUCUAACAAGUGCAUGUUAUACUCAAUAGCAGCUAGUGUUGUAGCAUACACAUCUUACAGAAUUUGGUUACGAUACCAAGUUUUUCCAUCAAUAACAGCAGCUGAAGAAAUUGUCAACACAGAAUCAGAGAAUGAAGGUGAAACUAGGAAAAAAAGAUAUAGAAAAGAAAAAAUUGGCUUCAGAGAUAGGAAGAUAAUUGAAUAUGAAAAUCGGAUGAGAGCUUAUUCAACCCCAGAUAAAAUAUUCAGAUAUUUUGCCACAAUUAAAUUGACGUAUGGAGAUAAUACUGAAGUUUAUAUGACUCCCGAUGACUUCUUAAGAGCUAUUACUCCUGGCAUGAAGCAACCUGAUGGUUUAGGACUAGAUCAGUACAGAAGAUAUGAUCCAAAAAACAUCGAUGAGACCAUUAGUCAACGACUCAACUUGGAUUUAGAUGAGGAUUCAAUAUUCUACAAGCUCGGUUCUUCUGGACUUAUUACUUUCAGCGACUACAUCUUUUUGCUAACGGUAUUGUCAACAUCACGACGUCAUUUCGAAAUCGCGUUCCGUAUGUUCGACCUCAACGGUGAUGGGGAUGUGGAUUGUGAAGAGUUUGAAAAAGUUGCGGCGCUCAUUCGCCAACAAAGCAGCAUUGGAUCUCGGCACCGUGAUCAUGCCAACACUGGCAACACUUUCAAGGGUAUCAAUUCGGCGUUGACUACAUACUUCUUCGGUUCCAAGCUGAAUGGGAAACUAACUAUAGAAAAGUUUUUGGACUUUCAACAACAAUUGCAAAAGGAAAUUUUAUCACUCGAAUUUCAAAGAAAACAACCAGAUGAAAAUGGUCGAAUAACUGAAGCGGACUUUGCUGAACUCCUAUUGGCAUACGCUGGCUAUCCCGCUAAAAAGAAGGCUAGAAUGCUUAAACGUGUUAAAAAAAUGUUCCGCGACCACGGCGUCGGUAUAACGAAGGACGACUACCUCAAGUUCUUCCACUUGCUCAACAACAUCAACGACGUGGACACCGCGCUGACUUUCUACCACAUCGCGGGCGCCUCCAUCGACCAGCCCACGCUGCGGCACGUGGCGCGCACCGUCGCGCACGUGGACCUCGACCCGCACGUCAUCAACGUCGUCUUCACCAUAUUCGACGAGAACAUGGAUGGACAGUUGAGCAAUCGUGAAUUCGUAGCCGUAAUGAAGAACAGACUGCUUCGUGGACUGGAGAAACCAAAAGAUACUGGUUUUGUUAAACUAAUGUACUCUUUAUUAAAAUGCGCUAGGGAUACUAAACCCGCUCUUCUUGACUUCUAACACUUUAAACAUAUGUUUUAUAACUUUAAAUAUCUAAGCUUUUUGAUACCUAGCGUUUCAUACUUUUUCGCUUUCAUGUGUUGUUAGUGCGUUUGUUAUUAACUUUAAAUGCGGAUAAAUUGCACUAACUUCAAUCGUUUACUAAUAUAAUUAUUUUUCACUUAAAAAUACUAAAAAAUAACUUAGCAAGGUUCACCAUCCUGUGUGAUCUUGAAUUUGUAAUAUGUUAUAAAGUUAUAUAAUAUUGUUACAGAACAGAUACUCUCUGGUCAUCAUAAUCUUUAAAUUAGAGUAUAAGAAUAAAAAAAUAUAUAAUUUGUUGAAACAAGAA